AUGGCUUUUCAAAACCAAUACCAGUUUACCAAAAUGAUAAAUAAUAGAUACAAGGACGAUGUUUAUUAUUCCCACUUACUUCAGAAUUCAACGGUAAGGGCUUUCUUAUCCGGUUCAACUUCUGGGGUAAUUUGUACCGUGUUACUUCAACCAUUGGAUGUUGUUAAAACUCGCCUACAAAAUUUGUCUGGUUCAGUUACCACGUCGACCAAUGGCAAACCCUUAUUCACUACAAUAAUUUCUAAUAUUAUUAAAGAAGAAAGUAUUAAAGGGUUCUGGAAAGGAACUACACCCACAUUAGUAAAGACUGUACCUGGAAUAGGAUUGUAUUUCGGUCUAUUGACCCAUAUCAAAUCCUACGUUUUUAAUAAUAGAGUUUUGAAUCCAACCGAAUCUGUAUUAGUAGGAAUAGCAGCCCGCUCCAUAGCUGGAGCAGCGUUGAUGCCUUUAACUGUCGUAAAAACGAGAGUUGAAAGCGGAGUAUAUAAUUACGCCGGAGUCACAGUAGCAAUAGGAGAAAUAUUCAAGACUGAAGGAUUAAAGGGUUUAACAAGAGGUUUGGUGCCUACCAUAUUUAGAGACGCUCCGUAUGCUGGCAUAUACUUAAUGCUCUACACCCAAUCCAAAUCUUUGAUACCGAAAGAUAUUUAUACGAACAACAGCACAGUUGCAAACUUUUCUUGUGCCGUAAUAUCGAGCACUCUAGCUUGUCUAGUCACUCAACCUCCUGAUGUUUUUAAAACACAGAUGCAACUUUAUCCUCACAAAUUUAACGGUAUGUGGCCUGUGAUUAUUGACGUAUACGUUCGACAUGGCGCUGUGGGCUAUUUUCAAGGUAUUCUACCCAGGUUAAUGAGACGCACAUUGGUAGCAGCGAUAUCGUGGACUUUAUAUGAAAAAAUAAUGAAAUCCUCGAAACGUAAAUACUAA